AUUGUGCACUGAUCGGAGAUAGAUAGAUUGAGUGGGAAUGAAGUGGCUUUUCGCAUUGAUUUUGGUAGCAUUCCUGGUUGCUCCAGCCUUCGGUCGAGGAUUUCAGGAGAAAUCUAGGCAUUUCAAUCAGACAUUUGAAUUGCGACGAAGUCAACAGGGUCUAGAGCGGCUGGAGAAGGAAUUCCGCAAUGGAUUCAAAAUUUGGAGACAAUCCGGAGUGAAAACGCCUCGUUUCAUGGAAAUCAUUAACGCAUGGAAGUUCACGAGAGAGGAUCGGCGUAUCUUAACAUCACCCAAAGAUUUUCCAAUUCAGAAGGAGGAAACGUUCUGUGUGAUUUGUAGAUCUCUGGUGUCGCAACUGAUCCAGCAACGUGCAGAUGGAGCCACUCGGGCGGAUCUUUUCGCAACAGCCUACGAACUUUGCACGGUACUACAGAUACAGGAGCCGGACAUCUGUUACGGAGCGAUUGAUGUGAACAUUGAUUUCUUCAUCCACAUUUUCGAUGACCGUCCGGCUUUGGCUGCAGAUAGUGUGUGCGGAGUUCUUUUCGAGAACUCUGCGUGCAUAAUCAAUGAUCCUGCCUUUACCCAGUGGUCUGUUAACAUUGAUCCUAACGGGCGUCCGAUAACCGAAUCGAAACACUUCCCGAACGCACGUGGUCCGAAUGACAUAAAAAUACUGCAAGUUACCGAUUUCCAUUACGACUCCAACUAUCGGAUGAAUCACAACGCGAACUGUAAUCGACCGGUCUGCUGCCGUAGCGAUUUGGGUGUACCGGAUGAUCUCGAAGAUCGUGCCGGGCGCUGGGGAGACUACCGGGAUUGUGAUACUCCAUGGGACACGGUGGAAGAAGUGAUUAAUCAUAUGGCGGAAAAUCAUCCGGAUGCCGCCUACAUCUACCACACCGGUGAUAUAAUCGAUCAUGGAGUGUGGGAAACCUCGAUCGCUCACAAUAUUCGUUCGAUGAACCAACUGCACAAUAAACUGCUGGAAGCCUUUCCCAAUAAACCAGUUUACAACAUAAUCGGUAAUCACGAAGCUCACCCGACGAAUGUAUUUGCACCAAGCGCAAUGAAUCGACCGGACCUUGCUGUGGAGUGGCUCUACAACUACCUGGCGGAUGCUUGGAGUAACUGGCUUCCGAGGUCUACUUUGGACACGAUCCGGCAGGGUGGAUUUUACACCACGCUAGUUCGGAAGGGCUUCCGAAUCGUCGCCUUGAACAACCAGGAUUGCUAUACGUUCAACUGGUGGAUUCUUUGGGAUCCUAAUCAUCUCUCCACUCAGCUGCAGUGGCUCCAUGACGUUUUGCUACAUGCGGAACAGAAUAACGAGAAGGUUCAUCUCUUAGCUCACAUCCCGUACGCUUCUUCGGGAUCCAUUUUUGCGCCUUGCCAACGUGAAUUCCGUCGUAUAGUCGAGCGUUUCUACGACACCAUCAGUGCGCAGUUCCACGGACAUACUCACAACGACAAGUUCAAUGUGUUUUAUUCACGUGAAAAUCCUGAACACGCUAUCAACGUGGCUUGGAUCGGCGGCAGUGCUACGCCGUUUAGUUUCCUUAACCCGAACUACAUGGUGUACUAUCUUGAUCCGGAAACAUAUCAAGUAACGGAUUCUGAAUCGUACAUUUUUAACCUUACGGAUGCGAACCGCUUCCCGGAUCGUCGCCCGGAAUGGAUUAAGCUGUACUCGUUUGCCGAGGAGUUUAAGAUGCACAACCUGAGCCCGGCCGAGGCUGAUACGUUGGUCAAACGGUUGGGAACACCGGCCGGGCGAGAUGAACUGCGACGGUAUUGGGAGUUUUCGGUCAAAAUGGGGGAUCUCGAGCUGGAGUGGGGAUGCGAUGAUGGCUGUUUGCUGAACACUGUCUGCGAUAUUGUUGGGGUGGAAAGAGGAGAUCACGUGAAAUGUGACGAGUUGAGGGAGACAUUUUUCGACUGAAUAAA